AUGAGUGAUGGAUGGAAGAAUGUUAGGCAUAAUGUGUUGAUUGCCUCUAUGCUCUCACUUGAUUACAAGACUUACACUGUUUGUGUGCACAAUCUGUCAGCGCAACACAAGACAGCCAAGAACCACUUGAAGCUUGUACUUAGUGACAUAUACAAGACCAAGAAGGAGCAUAAUGUCUGUGUUAUUGCUUGGGUUUCUGAUGCAGGAGGCAACUCACAAGCCAUGCAAGUCCAACUUCAUUGUUUACGCCCUCAAAUUUUGGUAUUUGACUGCUGGGCACACCAGAUUAACCUUGUUGUUGGUGAUAUCAUGAGCCUAACCUCACAGCUUGUUGACACCGCAGAUGAUGCAAUCAAUAUCAUCAAGUGGAUGCUCAACCAUUUGUACCUACUUGGACUCUUCUGUCAGGAGCAAGCCCAAGAUGGCAGGAAGCCUUGCAGUCUUGCACUUCCUGUUCUCACUUGA